UGUCGGUCGCCUAGCAACGUAUUAAACAACCAGUUGUCGGGAUAAACUAGCAAGCUAGCUCAGUUUACAGAGUAUCCAGAAACCGAAGUCGUUUUGAGAAAAAUGGACCGAAAGCUGAACGAAGAGGAACUGCAAGAAUUGUACGCAUGGAUAGACAAAAUAUCUCUGUCCCGGCCCAAGAGACACAUCACAAGAGACUUCAGUGACGGAGUGAUGGCUGCAGAGGUUGUCAAAUAUUUCUUCCCAAAGCUAGUUGACCCGCACAACUACAUCUCUGCAAACUCCACUCAGCAGAAACUCGGUAACUGGAACGUUCUCAACAGGCAAGACACCAGACACCUUUAUGACAGGAAGGUAUUUUCCAAGCUGAACUUCCACGUGCCUGAGGAGACAGUGAGGAAGAUUGUACUGAGCACUGCAGGAGUAAUAGAGCCUGUGCUGAGCGCCCUCAGGGAGAAGAUAGACAAGAAACUGGAGAACACUACAGAGAACAUACUGGAUUUGGAAUACUAUGACACCAGAAACCAGGAGAAACCACAUACAGAUAUUCCUCAGUCUGAAGCAAAACGUGUGGCUCAGCUGACAGGAGAAACCAUGAAAAAAGAUGAAAAUCGCAGAAUGAAAAACGGCGGUAAGCCGCAGUACACAGCACAGUUGUACCCAGACAUGGACCCUUCUUUACGACUAAUCCUGCAGGAGAAAGAGCAAGCUGUCAUGGCUUUGCAGGAGACUGUGGAGAUCCUGCAGAUGAAAGUGAACAGGUUAGAGCAUCUGGUGCACUUGAAGGACAUGCGUAUUGAAGACCUGAUGCGGCAUCUGGAGACGUACAAAGCCAAAGGCAACACUCACUGAUACACACAUAGCUCUGUGGUAUAACCCUGUGACAUCAUCUGCAAUAAACUUGAGAUUAUUUCUAAUAUGUAUCAAACUUGAAAUGUAACAGAACAGUGAGACAGAAACUUGUUUUCCAAGUUGAGUUGUGAAAUGAUGGUUCAAGAGAUUUAUCGAAUUUUUACAUCUGGCAUAUUUUUAAACAUGAUGUUUUUAACAAGGGCAGUGCAAAAUCAGUUUCUCUAUGAUAUAAUUAUUUGUGCAGAUAUUGCAUAUAAUAUGAUUAAAUAUUAUCUCGUACGUUCUCUGUUAAAAGGUUCAUGAUCAUUUUAAAUAUGUAAUACAUUCAGUUGCUUUUUAUGUAGAAUGUGAUACGUUCAGUUCUCUUUGACCGUCUGUGCCUUCACACUGCCUUCUGACCUCCAAGUGCUAAAUAAAUCAGUUAAACCUUU